GCUGGUCCACGAGACUAGGUUAAGGCCAUGUGCUGAGCUGAGCUGAGCUAGUUGUAAAUUGGGUCUGUAUAUUACAGAGCUAGAGGAAGAUCUUGCAAGCAUGAGUGGUAAAUACGACAGUGCACUCACCGUCUUCUCUUCAGAUGGUCACCUGUUUCAAGUGGAGUAUGCACAAGAGACAGUCAAGAAAGGCUCCACUGCUUUGGCAGUGAGGGGUGAGGAUACGGUCGUGCUGGCUGUGGAGAAGAGAGCUCUUGCCAAGCUUCAAGAUACUCGUACAGUGCGUAAGAUCUGUGUCCUUGACGACCAUGUGGCGUUGGCCUUUGCUGGUCUCACUGCUGAUGCUCGAGUGCUAGUGAACAAGGCGAGGGUAGAGUGUCAGAGCCAUAGACUCAACGUGGAGGACCCAGUCACUGUCGAGUACAUCACUAGACACAUUGCUACUACUUGCCAGAGGUACACUCAGAGCAAUGGAGCGCGACCAUUUGGGAUCUCACUGCUCAUAGUGGGCUUUGAUGAGGGACAGGCACCCAAGCUCUACCAGACUGAACCAGCUGGCACUUAUCAUGAGUGGAAGGCCAAUGCCACGGGACGCAGUGGCAAGUCAGUGAGGGAGUACCUUGAGAAACACUUGGCAGUGAAGACUAAGGAUGACACAGUCAUACUGGCCAUCAAGGCUCUCCUGGAGGUGGUCCAGUCAGGCAGUAAGACCACCGCCAUGGAGAAGGGGAAACCCCUCGAGUUCCUUGACUUGGACGCUGUGGACAGGUACAUCGAGAAGAGCAAAGAACAGGAGGCAGAAAGGAGAAAGACAAAGAAAUCUGAUGCCACGCCCUCCUAAAUCCUGAAUCCACAGACACCGCCCCCACAUCACCUCCGAAGUCAACACCAGUGCUCUGCAACUUUGAGUGUGUGUGCUGGGAGUUGGACCCUCACAUCAGUUGGUUACUAGAAAGGCUGGGGUUCAAGCACGCACAAACC